UAAACAUAGAUUUUAUUUUCCGAAUGAAGAAGUUUCUCCCAGAAACCUUCCUUUCCUCCCCCUGCUAUGAGGAGGAAAAGAAGCACUUUACUGAUCGAUAAGUUCCAUUCGAAAGGAACCUGCUAGCAUGUGCUAAGCGACACGCCUACCAAUAUCAUGGGGCUUUAUUUCUCUCUCUACGUAAUAUUUAGUGUCAAAAAAAAUAAAUACAUAAUAUACUACUGUCGUCCGUAUACAAGCUAUGUCGUGCUUCGUGGAAACGAUCGCGACAGCUGUGCCGCGACAAUUAUGAGAAAACACUGUAGGCGUAUAUAUACAUUUGCAUUAUACAUGACCUGUCCAGGAUCUUAAAUUAUCUCGCGUACCAAGGGCAUGGAGUCUCCUAGGUAAGAAUAAAAAUUCGAAAUCAGUUAUCUAGACAAAGUCGGAGACGAAAGACUAUUUGUGACUAAAACUAUGAACGCCAACUCGAGUCACUAUUAUGGUGUUGUUAAGAAACUAUCAUCAGUGUCCGGUCAGUGGCCCUAUCAGAGACCAAUAACGAGGUUGAUCUGUGUGAUCUUGAUGACUUUGAGCACGAUUUCUAUGAUUAUUCCACAGAUAGCUAAAUUUGUUACAUGUGACGGAAACUUGCAAUGUAUUUUUGAAACUAUGACGUCCUAUAUGUUGACAACCGUGUCAUUGGUGAAGCUGUAUACGUGUUACUUUAACCGAUGUAAAAUGAAAGUUCUCAUUGAUCAGUUAUUCGUUGAUUGGAACGAAUUGGAAACACCAGAAGAGUACGAAAUUAUGAAGAGGUAUGCCAUGAACGGGAGGCGAUAUUCUUUGGGAUACUCGUUGUAUUGCUAUUUUGCCGUGUAUGUGUUUAUGUCUGUGUCCCUCAUACCGCAAGUGUUGGAUAUUGUUUUGCCUCUCAACGAAUCCCGUCCUAUACUGCCGACAUAUCCAGGAUAUUACUUCGUUGACGAGAGGAAAUAUUUCUUCUACAUCUUCUCGCAUGCUAUCAUGGCCUGGGAAAUUGCUAUGACCGGUAUAGUUACCCACGAUUGCAUACUCCUAACUUACAUCGAACACGUCUGCAGUAUUUUCGCACUAGUCGGAUUUCGGUUUGAACGAUUGAUGUACUUGUCUAAACGUAAUAAUAAUGACCCGGUGAACAUUUCACAUUCUCACGCAAGUGACACAUAUCGCAAGCGAAUAGCGUUUUCCGUGUAUACGCAUCGAAAGGCUUUAAAAUUCGCUCAAUUGAUCGAAGAUACGUUUUCGUUAACGCUCGGCGUACAAAUAGUGAUAAAUACAAUAAUGAUCAGCAUUACCUUGUUACAAAUCACGCAGCAGGACGCCGGUAUUUUAGAAGUGAUAAGGUACGCGAUGUAUGUCAUUGGUCAAUUGAUUCAUUUGUUCUGUCUCAGUUUUGAGGGGCAAAAGCUAAUAGAUCACAGUCUUCAAACCCGCGAUAAAAUCUAUAACAGCCUUUGGUACGAAACUCCCACCAAGUCGCAAAGGAUGCUUCUGUUUGUGAUGCAAAAGAGUCUUCAGCCAAUUUUCUUAAGCGCUGGCAAGAUCUAUAUUUUCUCAAUGGAGAACUUUACCAUGAUCGUGCAAACUUCAAUGUCAUAUUUUACCGUACUCUCGUCUUUGGAUUAAUUAAGCAAAACGAUCAAUGUCCAAAUGUCAGUCCUGCAUCCAGUCCGUCUGCAAAAAUUAUAUUUCUUAUGUGAUAUCAAGGCAGGUUUGUUGCCCGUUUGCGCGUAAGUAACAUUUAUGGCGUGAUUGUAAUAUUGACUGUAGUGAAUUUGUAUCUUUGUGAUGUAUUAAUACUUGAAAUCAAACAAAAGUUGCAUGUCGUGAGAAAGAUAUUCGUAACUCCGAAAUGUUUUGUCUAGUGAAAGAAUAAAUAUACAAAAAAAUUA